GGCAGGCUCGGGAAGCCUCGCGGGAGCGGGACCGGCCAGCUAGGCUGGGCUUCGAAGGCGGACCAGGAGUUGACCCGACAAAGCAGAGGCGUCGUAGGGGGAGGGACCAGCAUGAGCUCUGGGCGAAUGGAAAGGCACUCAGGUAGUGGUUUAGGAAGGCUGGAGACGGAGUGCGAUCACAGAGAUGGGCGGUGUCCGGACAGGAGGAGCCUUAAGCCACAGACCGAGGAGCCGGGCUUUAUCCUGGGGAGGGGGCGCGACCAGGAGAGAAAGACCUCUUUGCUGGCCGAGUGGGGCAGGCUGAGCUUUGGGAGGUCGUUAGUGGUGGCCCAGGUGAGACACGGGACCUCUCCAACUAGAGCCCUGAAGGAUGGCGAGGGGAGGGGGAGUCCGGAGGAAGCCAGGUGAGAGCUGAAGGCCCGGUUUGAUUUGGGGAGGGCACGACCCGGACCUGGCUGGGACAUGAGCAGCGCGAAAUGGCAGGCUUCCUCCUCCAGCAUGCUUCUUCAACAUGUGUUGGGCAGCCACUGUAUACUGCAGAUUUUCAACCCUUUAAAGAUGUAAUAACCAAAACCAAAAAUGGAGCCCUGGUGGUGCAGUGGUUAAGAGCUCGGCUACUAACUAGAAGGUCAACAUUUCGAAUCCACCAGCCUCUCCUUGGAAACCCUAUGGGGUAGUUCUACUGUAUCCUGUAGGGUCUCUAUGAGACGAAUCGACCCGAUGGCAAUGGGUUUGGUUUUUUUCUUUUUGGUUAUAGGUGUAAUGGGGCUGUACAAGAAAAGCUGAAUUCCCAGGAUCCCUCCUACACGGAAGCUGGAAGCUCCCAAACAUCUUCCCACCCCUUGACAUCUUUUAAUCCUCCCGCCUCUAGCCUGCCUUGGGGCCACAGAUGUUAGGGUGCUGUCCCUGUGUUCCUGCAGUCUCACUUCACAUCUAGGGGCCCUCCUUUCCCCCCAGGGCUUGGUACUGGCACCGUCCACCAGCCAGUGCCCUGGACCUGGUACCCUCUUGGGCAGACUCACCCAGAUGUGUCUGGCUUAAGGGCAGCAUACAGAGCACAGGCCUUGACUGAGCCAGAGAUCAGAUGGCCAGGGCAGAGAAGGUAAGGGGACAGAAGAGUCUGGACUUAGGAGGACCAUUCUCAGGGCAGUUGCAAGAGGCAUCUUUCUGGAACAACACCCUCAGAAGCAGGUCUUGCCUGAAGCUCCUCCUCCAGGCCUGAGCACUGGGUGCUGGCCUCUCAGACCUCCCCUCUCUAGCAUGCCUCUUCCUCCUACCAGGUCACCUGCUCACCUGGGAGGCAUCUUCCUCCUUCCAGACCAAGUCCCUGGGCCCUGUGGGUGCCUGGGAAGCCCUUCCUGUGCACCCACAAACACCCACACUCUCGCACUCAAGAGGACUCCAGGUGGUCCUUGCAGUCCCCUCCAGGGCAGGGACCAUGGCCCACUGGGCCAUUUCCUCAAGAUCUGGCUGUGAGAGGUGCCUAAUAAACCCCUACAACAAGGAGACCUCUCCACACACACCCACCCGAGGGCAAGGGGCAUCCUCCCCAGAGCAACCUCCAGAGCACGUGGACCUGGAGAACUGGAGGAGGAAGAGGAAGGCAAGUGCUGCUUCCAGGCAGGGCCAGCUCACCCAGGGCCCACCGAGGCUUUCCUUUCGAUGGUUAAGGAAGAGGGCCAUCAGUUGCCAGGAGCCACUGUUUACAGGCCCCAGGCAGGAUGGGAGGAAUAUGGCUUCCAGGACCCCAGAAGAGCCCACCCAGCAUGCCCUAGGGCAAAUCGCUGGAGUCACUUGCUCUCCUCUUUUGGUCCAGAGAUGAGGGCUCCGAUGUGGGUCCUUCAGUUGGACUACCAGUUGCCAUCCAGUUGAUUCUGACUCAUGGCAACCCCACAUGUGUCAGAGUAGAACUAUGCUCCACAGGAUUUUCAACAGCUGACUUUUCAGAAGUAGAUAGCCAAGCCUUUCUUCCGAGGCACCUCUGGGUAGACUGGAACCUCCGACUUUUCAGCCGAGUGUGUUAACCAUUUGCACCACUCAGGGACUCAAACCCUCCCUAAAGGGCAGCUUCGGUCAAUGUCCCAGCCUGCGAAGCCCUGGCCCUAGUGCUUGGCCUUGAACUCCAAUGGACCUCCUGACCCUUCUCAGGCAGGGAAAGUGGGCUGAGAAGGGAAGUCCAGCAUGUAUGUCCACUGGCUGCCAGCCUGGGUAAAUCGCUUCCCCAUCUGUUGAUGGGGGCCUGAGACCACCACCCAGGAAUGAGAUGCAGGAACCUCAGACUGUGUGCCUCUUCAAAGGGCUUUUCCUUCUAGCUUGAAAGGCGCUGCCUCGGGAGUUGAGGGCAGCCUAGGGGUGGGGGCUGAGGGAAGUCCCCACCAGAAACUUCCUUGCCCCUCCCUUCCAGAUUAACAGAAACUUGCUAAUUGUGGCAGCCAAACCCCUCUCCCCUCCCCCACAGCCUCCUGCCUCUCUCCCUCCCCUCCCCCUUCCAUCCGAAUGAUAAAGGACCUGGCCCGCCUGCCCCCACCCGGCCCCAGGCCCAGGCCUUGCCUUACCACACAGCCCCAGUGCCCUGCACCACUCCACCGGGCUGGGCCCAGGCUGCCUGCUUCCCCUGCAUGGGGCCCUGCAGAGACCCUCGCCCGGGUCCCCCAGAGAUGGAACCCCCCUCCCAGCCCCCCAAGAGGAGGAAGAAGAGAUACCUGCGGCAUGACAAACCCCCCUACACCUACUUGGCCAUGAUCGCCUUGGUGAUCCAGGCCGCGCCCUCACGCAGGCUGAAGCUGGCCCAGAUCAUCCGUCAGGUCCAGGCCGUGUUCCCCUUCUUCAGGGAUGACUAUGAAGGCUGGAAGGAUUCCAUUCGCCACAACCUAUCCUCCAAUCGAUGUUUCCACAAGGUGCCCAAAGACCCUUCAAAGCCGCAGGCCAAGGGCAACUUCUGGGCAGUCGACGUGAGCCUGAUCCCGGCUGAGGCACUGAGGCUGCAGAACACAGCCCUGUGCCGGCGCUGGCAAAGCAGGGACGCUCGCAGCACUUUUGCCAAGGACCUGGGCCCCUACGUCCUACAUGGUCAGCCCUAUCAGCCGCCCAGCCCCCCGUCGGCACCCAACGAGGGCUUCAGCAUCAAGUCCCUGCUAGGGGACCCUGGGGAGGGGCCACCCUGGCCCCAGCCACCGCCGAAGAAAAGUCCAGCUCUAGCCGACACAGGGUGCACUGGGGAGUGGGAGGGGGUGUCCGCUGCACCCCUGCCCUCUUCUGAGAGGCCUCUGUGGCCUCUCUGUCCACUCCCCGGGCCCACAAGAGGAGAGGAGAACUCCAGGGGUGGGACCACCCGGCCCUUGGCCCUCUCCCCAGAGCCCAGGGCCUGGCCCCUCCACCUACUUCAGGGUACUCCAGACACUCAGGGACUGGCCGGCGGGGGACACAGAACGCCAUUUUUGGGGCAGCUGCCCACCUCCUACUUGCCCAUAUACACCCCCAAUGUGGUAAUGCCCUUGGCCCGCCUACCACCCACCUCCUGCCCCCAGUGCCCACCUGCAGCAAGCCCAGCCUACUGGGGGGUGGCCCCUGAAGCCCAAGGGCCCCCGGGGCUGUUCUGGGAUCUAGAUGCCCUCUUCCAGGGGGUGCCUCCCAACAAGAGCAUCUACGACGUGUGGGUCAGCCACCCUCGGGACUUGACUGCCCCGGCCCCGGGCUGGCUGCUCUCCUGGUACAGCCUGUGAGGCUCCGUGGGAGAGGUGCUGUCCUCUCCUGCCAUAAGGGAGGGUGCCUGCAGCCACAGCAGCCUCACGUCACCAGGUGAGAGUCCAGGACGUUUAU